AUGAUGGGGUUUCCAUUCAUACGCGAGGGCUACGUUGAGUGCCCGGAGCGGUGCAGGUUCCCCCGAGUCAGGUGUCUGGUGGAGCUCGGUCUCUCUGGUUUAAUGUCAGACUUGGUCCAUUGGCAAAUGAAAGAGCGGGCGUGGCGGUGUGCGGGGUGCAGACAAGUGAGUACGUCAGGGCAAGGGUUGAGGCACCAGCAGGAGCCCGGCCGCCAGGAGGACGCCGACACCCACCCCGCCGCCCUCACUGAUGCCGAUCUUAUGCACAUGUUCUCCGAUAUUACAAAGGAGUUGCAGUCGCAGUUCGAGCUGUACGAGAUCGCAAAGUAUUAUUUCGACGGCCAGGGGAAGGCGGUACGGCCCAUGAUCACCGUGCUCAUGUCUCGUGCCAUCAACUCUCACCUCCACAAUGAAGACAGAUUGUUUGAGUCUCAGCGUGAAGUGGCGAAGGUGGCAGAGAUGAUUCAUACGGCGUCCCUGGUUCACGACGAUGUCCUCGACGCCUCUGACACACGUCGCGGCAAACCUUCUGUUAACUCCCUCUACGGCCAACGUAAGGCGGUGAUGGCUGGCGACUACAUACUGUCAGUAGCCUCCACCAUGCUGGCCAGGAUACGUAACGAGGAAGUUAUCGUCGUGCUCUCUCAGGUACUGGCUGACUUGGUACAAGGAGAAUUCAUGCAACUUGGAUCAAAGGAAAAUGAGAAUGAAAGAUUUGCACAUUACCUUAAGAAAACUUUCAAGAAAACUGCUUCACUCCUUGCGUAUAGCUGCAAAUCUGUGGCUCUAUUAUCUGGUGCUGAUGAAAAUUUGCAGGAAGUAGCCUUCCAAUAUGGACGUAAUGUUGGAAUAGCCUUCCAACUUGUUGAUGAUAUGCUAGAUUUUGUUGCUUCAUCAAAUAUGAUGGGAAAGCCAACAGCUGCUGACUUAAAAUUAGGUCUUGCCACAGCACCUGUUCUUUUUGCUUGUGAAAAGUUUCCGGAGCUGAAUCCAAUGAUUAUGCGGAGAUUUCAAGAACCAGGUGAUGUUCAGAAAGCCUUUGAAUUUGUACAUAAGAGUGAUGGGUUAGAACAAACACAGUUCUUGGCUCGUCAACACUGUGAGACGGCUAUAAAAGUCAUCAGUUCCUUGAAAGCUUCUAGUGAACAGAAAGCUCUUAUUACCAUAACUGACAAAGUGCUCAAUCGCAUGAAAUAGUGCUUAUUCUAUACUGUCCAUAAGAAUUUGUGCUGCUGGUCUGCAAUACAUAAAAGGUGGCAGCUACUAACUCAGGAUUUCAGCUCUUUUGAGUUUUGUCGGAAGGUUGUUUUACUGAUGUAACCAUUUUCUAGGAUGUGUAACACUACUAGAAUAUAAAGUUUUAUAGAAUAAAGCAACAAUAACAACUGCAGUCAAAAGCACUUUAGCCAUAAAUCUAUGAAAUUUAUUCCAGGUAAUUAAACAACACUCAUUAAUAAGAAUUAUGGUGUAUCUACCAUAAAUGUCAACAGGUAGAAAAUAAUGUAGCUAGUUAUACAUUGUUAUUUCAUUUUUAAUGUGGCCAUCUUCACUCUCAUUGUAAAGUGCCAAUAAUAAUUAAUGAUAAUAGAUAUUCAGUAAAAUCAUCCUACAGGUUUACAGUUGUAUUAUUCAAAUAUGUGAUGUACAUAAACUGUGGAGGUACAGUAUACAGUUUCCAAUAGUAAACAGUAAGGCAAUUUGACCAAGGAUACCCAACAAAAUUAUCAGAUCCUUAAUUCAAUUUAGGUACUUAAUGCAGUAUUGUUUUACUACUGGUAUGAGAACCAUCAAGCCUUCACUUUAACCCAUGUAAUCCAGAUCAUAGCUACUGAGCCAGCAAAACUUGCCAGUUUUGAAGCUAAACCACUGUAAAGGGCCACUUUGAUAUUGCAGACAAGAGCAGAUGUAAACUGUUAUAUUCCAGUAGACCAGUUAUUGUGUAAGUGAGGUUACUGUACAUCGCAGAUGAACCUUGUAUUUCACAAUAUGUUAAAUAUUUAUUCUUUUACUUCAUAAAAGGACUAAAAGCAGGCAGGAGUCUGAGGCUCCUGUGUUGUGUUGAAGCUUUACUUUCCUUGUUAUCCCUCGUGUAGGGCUUCUUCAGUCCUCUGUUGCCUCCAGCAUGGGACCUAUAACCUGCUUGUCCUCUCUAAAUAUUUUGUAAUUACAUUAUGUGACAGAACUUGGUGUAAAUAAUUAAUAUUGUAUUUUAUAUACAUGAAACACAAUCAUAUUCAUAAUUUUGUUUAACGUGCAUUUUAUACAUACUUGAGGGACUGUAUACAAUAUUGUUGAAAUUUUUGUGUAUGUAGGUGUGUGUGGGUGUGAGAGUGGGGCUUCCGUGCCUUAGUGGCUGCAGCAACCUGUGUUGUUGCUACACGUUGUCUGUUUUACAGCCAAAUGCUGGAAACUACCCGACUUUUCACCGACAAACUCUUGAUUUAUAGCAUGUGAUUAAUAUUUACUGUAUACUGUACUUAAUUUGUUGGUUCCCAUUUAGUGUUUGGAAAGUUUUGUAUUCUGUGGAAGGGAAUGGUAAAGUUUGAAAUUUU